CAAGCAGCGACGACGAACGAGCGAGAGUACAAGCGGGUCUGGGUAAGGAGAAUAUAUAUCCUAAAUUUAUAUACCACGUCGUGUACUAUUCUCGUCUUUUAUUUUGGCAAUUUUAUAUGAUUUUAUGGUCACAUCUUUGGCUGGCGAACAGAUGGCAGUACUAGACGUCAGAGUAGCCAACACUGGCUGUACAUGAACCUUCAAGUCCGGGAUGUGACACGAAGGCGAAGCGUUCAGAACAGGCAUUGCGAGCUUAUUUUGUACGAGAAGUAGUAAAUUGUAGUGAGUUUAGAGACCACCAAAACCCCCUUACAAGUCUGUGUUUUGUCGCAGCAGUGUGCAAGGCCAGGUUACGGAGAGGUUCGCCUAUGGAAGAUAUGGUUAGGAAUAUAAUCAGGUUGUUAAUGGGGCUUGUUGGCGGCUCUUCAUUUUUGUAUUGUCAUCACUUCUUCGUUGUCCCAGGCACAGCGGACUUCUACCAACGUCCUGUUCCACUUAGGAGCAAUUCUUCAUACAAUUGCGGCACUCGCUAACUAGGCUAAAUGAUAUUUCAUCAAUAGAAUAACAACAAAGCACCAAAUUGGACCCCAUAUUGCGGCAAGCGAUUCAACCCGGGUUCAAAUGGCCGAGUGUAAGAGACCAAAGACAAGACGUUUGCUAUUAGACGCAGGCCACGUACAGGGUGACUAUUACUUAAAUUUCCCGAGUGCUCACAUUAAAACGCCCCCUGCCCUCCAAAUAGGUGGAUGACUCCAUACGUGUCGUACACCUCCCAUCGUGCCACACAACUGACGGCGUUUGCUUAGGCAGGUGAUUGGUUACGCGGCUGCUAUAGUCGUCAUUCUUUCCCUCGUCAAUCUAGACGAUUCGAUGUAGAGAUACUCGUCACUCUUUAGGCUGCCUUGCGGCUGAGAAGGCGGCCUGAUUUACCCUUAACUACGUCUAUUCGGCGUUGCGCCUAUCUCCGAGAAGCCAUUCUUUGAAAAGCAUAUAAGUCGAGGGUUCCCCUUCUUCGUUUGCAUAAAGUUGUCAAUAUUCUCGCAAGCAUUUUGCUUUUAUUACCUUGAAUAUAUACCCCCUCACCCACCACCCACCCUUUCACCAACUUACACGCUGCCAACUUACACUUCACCAUGCCACCCAACAACCACAACGACGACUUCAACUUCUGGGAGUAUGCAAACCCCCACAGAGCCCCAGGAAGUGGCGUAGAUCAUCACCCAUCUGCCCCGUUUCCCUUCAACAGUCACGGACCCUGGGGAGCUAGCCCUCAUCAUCGCCACCACGGCCCUCCCCGCGGCCCAUUCGGUCCGUUCAAUCCCUGGUGGAUGUUUGAUGACGAGGACGAAGAGCAACAGACUAAACACAAAAAGCCCAAAGACGGUCAGGCUCCCCAGCAAGACGACCAGACCAUGACCGACGACGCCGAGCCCAGCAACAACCGCAACGAAAAAGAAAGGUCGGCAACACUCGAAGAAGACUGCCCUGAUCCUGCCGAGGUCACUCCUGACGAAGAUGCCUUCCACCCUCCUCCCUACGGUGCUGGCAGCUUCUGGGCUCCUCGCGGCCGCCAUGGCCGAGCCGGAUGCCGCGGUCGAAGACGUGGACACGGCCGUCACCACCACGCCGGCGGCCCUCCCGAUAUGCCAGCGUUUAUUCGCGGAUUUGCCAACCACCCUUUCUUCCGCCACAUGGGUGAUGCUGCCUCACGCUACCGCUCUGCAGCGCAGCCUUCAGAUACCAACUCUUUCUCUCCCCCCACGGAUGUCUUCAACACGACCACGGCUUACGUUCUGCACUUUGCCCUCCCUGGCGCAAAGAAGGAGGACAUUGGAGUCAGCUGGGACCCCGAAAGAAAUGUGCUCCGCGUGUCUGGCGUCGUUCAUCGUCCGGGGGACGAAGACUUCCUAAAGACGCUGCAUAACGGAGAACGACGAGUUGGUGUAUUCGAGAGAGAGAUUGAGCUCCCCCCCGCAGGAGUCAGCGAGAAAGACGAUGUUGAUGAAGAAGGCAUUACUGCCAAGAUGGAAGACGGCGUUUUGAUUGUCACAGUGCCUAAGAUUGAGAAGGAGUGGACUGAGAUCCGAAAGGUUGAUAUCAACUAAUCCUGAGGGUUGUCUUUUCGACAAGUUGCUCGUUUUGUAUAUUACUUGCUAUUGUAUAGCAAGCUUUGAUCAUGGGUGUUGGAGAAAUUGAAUGCACUUACAAAAAAACAAAAACAAACAAAGCGAUACUUAGAUGCAACGUUUGUGCAGAGUUGUUGCUAUUAGCGAUGGGAGUACAGUAGGAGCAUGUUUAGAUAGCGAAAACAUAUUGAUCAAAUAAAAAAAAGAAUUGCCAAGAAAAAUGAGACCCCUUAUGUGAAAGUGCCAUGAAGUACUAAAAUUGUGCAUUCCAUGAGAUAAAGUAACCCGGUAAUGAAUGCUAUGGGUAUAUGGUGAGUAUUAUAGUAUGCGAAGGCUGUCAUCGUCUAAAAGUGCCCGGAGAAGUAGUAGAGGUAUAUCCUAAUGAAUGAAAAACCCGACAAAGGAAAUGCAGCAAAUUGAUGGUGAUGAAAACAAAACUCCUUCACCAGUGGCCAUGAUUUCGUUAAUUAAAAUGUGGUAGCUUUGAAGAAAUAAAAAUGGAGGUGCAGCAGAUAGGUGUAUUGGUCUUUCAGGUUUUGCGAAGCUCGCUGGCAAUCUCCUGGCGAACAAGACUGCACCACUUGAGAAGGGCCACUUCAAAGUCCAUCCAGACAUUGGGGCCAUUAUCAUAGACAAUACCCAAGGCGUCAAUCUUGAUGAGAAUCUCGAAGCGCAGCUCUGCCGCCUUGACCCAGUAGCGGAGGUUGUCUGCACUGCGGUAGGGCUUUUGUGUGUCCGUGUGGAAUGUAGGGAUCGCGCCGAAGCGACGCCUGGACUUUUGAACCACAGCGUUGUGCAACUUAACGAGACGGAGGCCAUUCUGCAUGCUCUUCAAGAAUGGCGUGGGUAGGGUACUAUCGAGACUGGCUGGUGUCCACUCUGGAAGAGGCUCUGCAUCGGGGCUCAUGGACAUAAGAAACGCACGCUCGCGCUCAUAUUCGCGUCCAGUCCAGUCGCCCUCGAGCCAUGUCCAACUGUCUUUUUCGAGCUUCUCAGCCGCUUCGAUUUGCUCUUCCUUCUUGAGGAUGUCAAACACGCUGUCGGUCCAUCCUAGAAUGGUCUUAAUGUCGUCGUCCUUCAUGCCGCCCUUGAAGCCGCGGACGGCCAUCUGCUUCAGAACCUCCAUCACCGCUAGCAAAUCGGAACGAACUUGCUUCUCGGGUUUAAUAGAAUCGAGACGGUCAGGGAGCUCAUGUGCGGUGUAGUACAUCUUUGCUGCUCGGAUGGCCAGCGUCACGACAUCCAAUAUGCGCAUGCCUUGCAGCUCGUACCAGCCUUGGGUGUUUUCUUCGGGCAUGUUGACAGUAUCAGCGUCGCUGGAUGAGCCCUCAUAGGUUCCCGCUUUUCUAGCUUCAGCUUCACGCAAAGUUGUUGCCGCCUCAUGCAGUGAUGCUAUUAGAUCCUCCUUUAACUCGUCGAUUGAAGGCGGCUUCGGCAGAUGCUUUUCUUUUUCAUGAUAUGUGCUCACAGUCGGUGGAAGCAUACCUGGGUCGGACUCUGCAAAACUGUCUUCGAAACAGUCGUCGUCGUCAUCUUCGUCUGGUGUCGGGCCUAUUGUUGCGCUUGCUAUAUAGUCGUUGGAGGUCAUGUCUGGAGCAGUGCCCAUAAAAGUGUAUGAGGGUUCGGCAUCGGCGUCAGAUUCAACAAUCUUAGGAGCUGAGGCAUCACCCUCUAGAGCAGCCAUAUCCAGCGUGGCUCUAGGCUGCUUCUUCCUGGCUAACUGCCCCCCCUUGCCAUCAAGGAGACCAGUUCGUGCAAAAUAAUAUUGUAGAUGGGCAAUGCUGCCUAGGUUCAUGACACUCUCACGAGACCGGGCGCUAGCGGCGAAAUAAGUACCUUGUGGGCGCAUGUAUCCUCUUCGACGGCCUUUAGAGUCGACGCUGUGCGACGCACUUCCGACGGACUGGACGGAGGCGUCGGAUCUCCGCGAGUGGUAGGAGCCCGACGAUUGUCGAGAAUCAGCCUGGUGGCUGCCGAGAGACUCUCUCGACGGCCCAUCCGUGCUUGAGCCGUGUGAUUGUGAUGAAGAUGUUGAGACGCACCGGGACAGCUCUGGGCACGCCCCGAUGGGCGGGGUUGGCAACAUCUCUGGGGGAGACGCCUGGUUGUGUGUAGCUGCCAUAGAACGCAGGUGUUCUGCUACGUGUUGCACGAGGUGCUGCUGCAAAAUGCCGAUGAAGAGAACAAACGAGAUGGUGUAAUGUAGAAAAAGUACGGUGUAGUUAUCGGGGCUGCUGCUUUUGUGUCGAAUGGGGUGGUACUGAUUAUGGUGACCGAGGAGACGCGAGGGAUGGUGGUGGCGGCGGAAUCGAUCGCUGGUUUGCAGAUAGUACCAGUGUAGCUUUGCUCGUAGCACAACAGGUAAGCAGGUGGAAAGUGAGCGAGUAAAUGAAGGAGCUGAAGGAAUCACGGGCCGGUAGUUGGAACAGCAGUUUUGAUUGUGGAAGAGCAGAUGGGAUGAUGUUGUGGAAGAAGUUGGAGAGGCGGAGGGGGAGGCGUGGAAACAGUGUCGACAGGGUACCCGUGGCUGGAUCGGAAAGGCGUGUAGUAGGUGAUGCUUCAGGGAGCGUUGCGUCUUGAACCAGGUACCAGGGUUGUUGUUGUGGGCAGUGACAACAGAUGAAGCAGAAACGGAUCGCGCGUCGCUGGGAAAGCAAAUCAGGCCAAGCAACGAAGAUUGGCUAUUCAUAAGCCGCUUGAAUUAUACCCGUUGUUCCCUCGGGAGAGGGGAGGGGAUUAUGCUGGUCCUUGAGCGGAGACAGGAAGAUGGCCGAGGAAAGGACUGUCCAGUGAAUGAGUCCACUGUCGUCGCGGUAUGGCUGGUGCUGGUGCAGUUGGAAAUUGCGUUGGAG